GUGGCUAGUUUUCCAUUCCAUCCAUUCAUAGCGCAACCGCUCAUAACGUGCACUGACGCAUAGGCGAGAUAGGGAUCAGCGAGAUAGAGAGACAGAGAGAGGGUUGGAUUAGGGCACUGACAGCCACCUCAGUCAAACAGUUGAGAGACACACGGUCACAACCUGCUGAGGGGGCAAAACUAGCGGGACCGGAACGUCUAAAUCCAAUCCAGAUCACCUCUUAGCCGGUUAGGGAGAGAGGACUACCGACCACCUCGAGACCCCGCACUGAUUGAAAAGAGGGAAGAGUUGGAGAGUAAAACAAUCAGUUUAGAAAAAGAUGGAGCGCAAAAUCCCUGACUUCGCUGGUACCUGGAAGAUGAAGAACUCGGAGAACUUCGAGGAGCUUCUCAAAGCGCUGGGUGUGAACGUGAUGCUGCGUAAGAUAGCGGUGGCAGCAGCCUCCAAGCCGUCGGUGGAGAUCACCCAGGAGGGAGAGACUCUGUCCAUACGAACCUUCACCUCCGUCAGAACCACCCACGUCACCUUCACCGUGGGAGAGUCCUUCAACGAGGCCACGGUCGACGGACGCCCCUGCACGAGUCUUCCAAAGUGGGAGACAGACAGUAAGAUCAGCUGUGAGCAGACUCUGCAGAAAGGGGAGGGACCUAAGACCGCCUGGACCCGAGAGAUAACCAAUGACGGCGAGCUCAUCCUGACCAUGAGUGCGGACGAUGUGGUGUGCACCAGAGUCUACGUACGAGAGUGAAAGAGAAGACAACUCUUCAUCCUUCCAUCUCUCUCACCACUCACUCACUCACUCACUCACUCACUCACUCACUCACUCACUCACUCACUCACUCACUCCACAAACCCCCAGCCAGAAUGGGCAGGGUGAAAUCAGCUUGUAGAAUCUAGUUUAACUCCAGUAUAUCUGUCACAAAGCCAUGGGAUUGAACCCAGUCUAGUUGACCUAUAUCUAUUAAAGUCAGUCUUGCCAA